AUGACAAUCGAGUUUCGUGUUCACUUUAUCGACUGUGUUGUGGUCAGUUGUAUUGAUUUUAUCUUUCGAUUUUUUUGUGCGAUAACGAAUAUGUUGUCGCUCAGAUUUGCAUUACUUUUACUUAUUGUCUUAUAUGUUAAUGGUCAAACUACUGAUAUAAAUAGUUUAAAUUCAACUAAUGCAGAAAACAAUGAUCCUGUUGACAAACUUCAUAUUAUUGAAGAAGGACAAUACGAAAAAUUAAUAUCGUCAAAUGACGCUAAAAAACCUCAAUUAACUGAAAAUCAAACAUUAUCUGUUCAACCAUUAUCAUCACCAUGUAUUGGUGCUUAUCCAUCAAAAAAACUUGCAUAUAGAAAAGAUAAAACAAAAUAUAUUCUAUGUAGUGAUGAAUUUCAUUAUGAAAUCUUAUCAUGUUUAAAUGAUGGUGAAUAUAAUGAACAAACAAAUUCUUGUGAACGUAUUAUUACAACGAUUAAUAAAUGUGAAGAAGAAAAACCAUGUUUACAUAAUGGUCAUUGUGUACCAUUAUUAAAUUCAACAUUUAAAUGUAUUUGUCAUUCAGAUUGGACUGGUGAUAAAUGUGAAAUACCAAUAAAUUCAUGUGUUAAAAAUCCUUGUGGAUCAAAUGCUUUAUGUCGUACAUUAAAAAUGAUUGAUUAUGAACAAGAUUAUGUUUGUAUUUGUGAUCAAUCUGAAAGUUAUGGUCUUAAUUGUCAAGAUGUUGUACGUAAUCCAUGUUUAACAAGUAAUGAACAAUUUUUUCCAUAUGCAUUUAGUCAACGUGCAUAUAUUCAAUGUGAUGGUGAUAUUAUUCAUUUUCAACCAUGUAGUACAUUACUUUUUUGGAAUCAAGAAGAAACAAUUUGUGAUCGUAAACGACCAACAAAAGUUCAUUUACAAAAAUUAUUAACAAAAUUAAUAUCAAAAACUAAGAAUAAAAAACACCACGAGAAAAUUGUAGAAAAUAUUAAUAAAGAAAUAAUUACAACAACAACAACAACAACAACAACAAUACAAAAUGAACAAAAAAAAAAAGAUGAGAAUGAAAAUCAUGAUUCUUCGACUUUUAUUCCAACAACAGUAACUCAUACAGAAGAAUUACAAUCGAAUAUGGAUAUUCAACAAAGUCUUGUAACUCAAAAUGUACCUGAAGAAACUCCAGAAUCAUCAGAACCAUUAUUAGAAUCAGUAGAUUCAAAACAAAUUCAUCAAGACUCACAAAUUGAAAAUACCACAUCACUUACGAUUCCAUCAGAACGAAAUCAACCAUUAUCACAAACUACUCAACAAGAAUUAAUAUCAACUUCAACAGAAGUAUCAUCUACAACUGCUUAUACUGAUGAUCAAUCAGAAACUACACCAGAAAAUCAACAACAAAAUUUUCCACAAUCAAAUCAAGUUUUUACUACUCAAAAAUUAGAUCAAACAACAGAAACAACAACAACACAAAAUAAUGAACAUAUUCUUCCUCAAUCAACACAAGAAUCUUAUACUACUCAAUACCAACAACAACUUCAAAAAGAAAAUUUUCUUGAGACAACUACACAAUCAUACAAACCUAUUCAUUCACAAGACUUUCAAAAUCAUGAAAAACCAAUACAAUCAUGGCCAAAAAUACCAGCAGAUCAAUUUACUCGAAAUCAAUUCUUAAAAUCACUUCAUUUAAAUAGAAAACAUAAUCAAAAUUUUGCUCCACAAUCACAAUCAUGGCAAGGUUAUCAAAUCAAUCGAAUUCAACCAUGGUUACACGAUCGAAAUCAACAAUCAUGGGAAAAUAAAGGAAAUAAUCAAAUUCAUCAAAAUUCUAUUCAAUCUGAAACAUCAUCAAUGAAUAUUGAACAACUUCCAGUGAAAAAAGAACAAAAUUUUGUUAGUCAAUCUAUACAAAAUCAAUCAUGGAUACCAACCCAUUAUUCAGAUCCAAAUCAUGAUCAAUUACAAAGAGAAGAAAAACUACAACACAACCAACAACAAGAAAAACAAAAUCUUCCACAAACAAAUCCAGUAUUUGGUACUCAACAAUGGUUAAAUCGAAUACCAGAAAAGAAACCACUAAAUUAUCAACAUACUUUUACUCAAUUACAAUCAGGACAAGAAUCUCAUAUCACUCCAAAUCAACACGAAUUUCAAGAUCAAAGUCAAGAAACAUUCCUUGAAACAACUACACAACCAUACAAAAUUUUCCUUUUACAAGGUUUUCAAAAUCCACAAAAGCAUGAACAAUCACAGCAACAUAAAUUUUUCACUCAACAAAUUAAUGAUCAACCAAUAAAAUCUCAUGUUAAUCAACAUAUUAAUUUUCAAUCAAGACCAUGGCAAAGAAUAUCAAAACCAAGUAGAAUACUAGAAUUUCCAUUAACAAAUCGAAAUAAAGACUACUCAAUCAUUGAUACUUCUUCUCAAAUACCAAAUAGUCAAUUUGAAUUAAAUCAACAACAUCAAGAUUUAUUUAAUCAAAAUUCAUUUGAACAAAAACAACCAUGGUCAAGCAAUCAACAAUUUCAAAAUCCAAUAAGUCAAUCGAAAGACUUUGAUGACUUAAAACUACAAACUUCUCAAGGUUUUACUACUCAUCCGGUGGUAUCUUCUCAAAACCAACCAUCAUUACAAACUGGACAACAAUUAAAUGCAAAUUCUUUUGAAACAACGACAAAAUCUAACGAAAAUAUUCUUCCAGAACAUUCAAUACAACAUCCACAUCAAUGGCAAUCAAGUCGAACAGUUGAACAACAACAACAACAUCAAUCAAAUCAUAAUCAAAUAGAACAAGAAAAAGCUCAAGAUCCGUUACCGACUUUAUCAUCAGGAUCAUGGAACUACUGA